AUGCCUCCUCAACUGUUUGCCUUGUGCAUAGGCAUCGACGAGUGUGCCCACCCCGAGAUUGAGAAUCUGCAAGGCUGCGAAAAGGAUGUCAUGUCCCUGCGAGACGCUCUGUUGUUGGGCUACCCAGACGCACAAAUUUUGAGUCUAACGAAUCAGGCAGCAACUCGAAAAGGCAUACUCGAUUCGUUGAAGAGACACCUCAUAGCAAAUGAUCAUAUCUUGGUUGAUGACCCGAUUCUCAUUUACUUCGCUGGCUAUGGGCAGCGAUUCGAAGGAAAAGAGAGGGAUGUAGAUGCGCUGAUACCGUAUGAUUAUGCACAGGACGUUCCACCAAUAUUCGACGUUACUCUUCAUGGGCUUUUGAACAUGCUCGUCCAAGCCAAAGGCCCCAAUGUCACAGUUAUUUUGGACUGUUGUUUCUCCCCAGCUCUCAUAUUGUCCGCGGCCAACAUACGUCGAAUCCAAACCCCCUCAUGGCCGUCCCAUCUCGCAGAUCUCCGUCGUGAAAAUAGCCUGGUUGGCUACCGUGGAUUCUUCGACAACCAAUCCUAUGUGCUUAUCGCUGCCAGCAAUAGGAAUAAACAUUGUGCCGAAACUCCAAGUGGAGCGUUUUUCACUCAGAGUAUGGUUUCUGCAAUGCGGUCCUCCUGGCUAUUAAGCUGUCGAGAGCUCACCGUGCGUACCCAAAACUGGGAAAUAGGUACCGCAGGUCAAGUCUCUGCCUGCUAUGGUCCAUAUCUGGACCGCCUCCUCUUUAUGCCCCCGAAACUUCUCCCUAUCACCAAACUACGUGUAUUUUCCUCGAAUGUCGAUCUUGGCGUCGAUUCGGUGGAGGAUCCACUUUUCCAUGCCUCCAGAAGAUGGAACGCGAAUGUCGUUGUGCGGACCUCGAGUCAAACUGAAGCAAACAUGCAACGCCUUGACCGAUUGACUGCUCGGUACGGUACCCUAUCGAUACCAUUCGCCUUAGCGAAAACUCCUCAAGUGUUAAAUGGUGUUGCGCGAUUCAAUUACUACCUGAAUCUUCGUCCAUCUUGCAAGCGUUCCUGGGUUCAGCGGUUCCGAGCGCUUCGACAAUGGAGAAAAUCUGACUCUCCAUCGUCUAUCGAGAUAUACCACUUCAAACCAGACGAGGAGGGAGACGGCGAAGAUGACGCAUGGAUCUCUGAAAACAUCUUACAUAACGGCGUUGCCCUUCUGGACGACGUUCCGAACGACCACCUGCUAGGUCUCAAAAUCACCAACACCAGUGACCAGAGCAUGUACCCAUAUGUCUUUCACUUCGAUACAGACACCUACGAAAUAACUGAACUGUACUCGCCAUUGCGUGAGGAUGAGGGUAUGGAACCAAAGGUGCUGAAGCCACAUGAGUCGCUGAUCUUUGGUCGCUCUCGGGCUUCGAAUGCCCCAACCUUCUGCGUUCCCGAGUCUCCUUUCCGUAUUAUUCUCGACGAAGACAAAGUGGAACGAACGGCCCAGAUCUUCAAGAUUAUCCUCGCACAAAAACCAGUCGUCCUACGCUACAUGGAACAAGCUUCGCCCAUGACAAGCGGAGAGGAAAGAACCAGGGGGCCGACGCUCACGAGGAGAUUCCAGGCGUAUGGCAAACGGACACAAUAA